CCGCCCUCCCUCCGCGCCAGCGCUCCGCGGCGCAGUCGCCCAGCAGCCCUCGCAACUGCCCGCCCCACACCCCCACCGGGUCCCCUUUUGCGCCCCCAGGCUCCCAGCCGCCCGCCCCCGCGCGCCCCGCCCCGCCCGCCUCCGCCUGGACCCCUUCCUUCCACCUGAGCCCUCUCCAGAGGACGGCGCGCUCGGCUAGCCUUACCACCUCCACCUUCCCCGUCACCUCCUCCUACCCUGCGCCCCACUCUCUACCGGGGCCGCACGGUCGGGGCUGAUCGCGUUGGGAAGGAGAUGACCAGGGUCUCUAGGGAGCAUCUUCCCGCCCCGCUCAGCCGCACCCAGCUUUAGAAGGCGCUGUGAGAAGCCACUCUCGGGCUCCAGCCAGACACCCUCUCGCCUUAGUCCUUGCCGAGACACCCCCCCUCCACCCCACCGGACCCCAGCCAUUCUCCGAAGGGGCCGAGCUCCCUCUUGUCGCGUCCCUCAUGGCCAAGUCUUUGCUGCUAGUUCUCUGCUUCGCUCUGGUUAUGGCUCUGGGCUGGGGGUACAGCACUCCCCCGACUGGGACGACCGAGCCCCCAGAUGUGCAGACGGUGGCGCCCACGGAGGACGAGACUCUGCAAAACGAAGCGGACAACCAGGAGAACGUUUUAUCUCAGUUGCUCGGAGACUAUGACAAAGUCAAGGCCGUGUCUGAGGGCUCGGACUGUCAGUGCAAGUGUGUAGUGCGACCCCUGGGCCGAGACGCCUGCCAGAGGGUCAAUGAGGGGACCUCCAGGAAGGAAGACUUCUACACUGUGGAAACCAUCACCUCAGGCUCAUCCUGCAAGUGUGCCUGUGUCGCACCGCCAUCCGCCCUCAAUCCCUGUGAGGGAGACUUCAGGCUCCAGAAGCUUCGGGAGGCAGACAGCCGGGACUUGAAGCUCUCCACCGUCAUAGACAUGCUGGAAGGAGCUUUCUAUGGCUUGGAUCUCCUGAAACUGCAUUCAGUUACCACCAAACUGGUGGGGAGAGUGGACAAACUAGAGGAGGAAGUUUCUAAAAACCUCACCAAGGAAAAUGAACAAAUCGAAGAGCACGUGGAAGAAAUUCAAACUGAGAUGAACAAGCAAGGUGAAGAGAACAGCUCCAGUAACAUCCUAGACAGCAUGCCGGACAUCCGCUCGGCCCUGCAGAGGGACACGGCUGCAGCCUACACCCACCCCGAGGAGCAGUAUGAAGAGAGGUUUCUGCAGGAAGAAACCGUGUCCCAGCAGAUCAACUCCAUCAAGCUCCUGCAGACGCGGCCACUGGCUCCACCAGAGGUGAUGAAGCCUCAGCGGCCCCUGCAGAGGCAGGUCCACCUGAGGGGCCGGCCGGCCUCCAAGCCCACCGUCAUUCGGGGCAUCACCUACUACAAAGCCAAGGACCCUGAGGAGGAGAAUGACAUCGAAGAGCAUCACGAGUUUUUCAGCGGUGAACACGGAAUGGAUUUGCUGAUUGAAGAUCAGCUUCUGAGACACAACCACCUGCUGACCAGUGCCACCCGGAGGCCAGUAGCCACCCAUCACAAUGCUGCUGUGACCACUGAUGCUGGCACUCAGACCACAGCCCUGCUUUCUGCACAGCCUCAGGCCUCGACCUCAGCUGCCAGCGUCCCUGACCCUACUCUCUCUGCCUCAGUUGAAAAAUUCUCAACACCACUCCAAACCACCUCAGUGUUUCCAGAUCCCACAGGGGAGACAGUCCUUAAACCUUUUGCUCAGGUACCAGCCACGACCGUGGCCCACACAGCCACCCAACAACCUCCAGCCUCAGCGCCUCCAUCAGUGGCUCCCGAGGAUGCAUUUGUAGAGGCUACGCACACAACCCCGGUGCCUCCCCCGCCAGUCAGGACAGACUCACUGGGGAAAGAUGCUACUGCUGGGCAGGGCACAGCCCCCCUUAGCCCCACCCUGAGCCCCGAGGAAGAAGAUGACAUACGGAAUGUCAUAGGAAGGUGCAAGGACACCCUCUCCACAAUCACGGGGCCAACCACGCAGAACACAUACGGGCGGAAUGAAGGGGCCUGGAUGAAGGACCCCCUGGCCAAAGAUGAGCGGAUUUACGUAACCAAUUAUUACUAUGGCAACACCCUGGUAGAGUUCCGGAACCUGGAGAACUUCAAACAAGGUCGCUGGAGCAACUCCUACAAGCUCCCCUACAGCUGGAUCGGCACAGGCCACGUGGUGUACAACGGUGCCUUCUACUACAACCGGGCCUUCACCCGCAACAUCAUCAAGUAUGACCUGAAGCAGCGCUAUGUGGCUGCCUGGGCCAUGCUCCAUGACGUGGCCUAUGAGGAGGCCACGCCCUGGAGGUGGCAGGGCCACUCGGACGUGGACUUUGCUGUGGAUGAGAAUGGCCUGUGGCUCAUCUACCCGGCCCUGGACGACGAGGGCUUCAGCCAGGAGGUCAUCGUCCUGAGCAAGCUCAAUGCCGUGGACCUGAGCACACACAAGGAGACCACAUGGCGCACAGGGCUCCGGCGGAACUUCUACGGCAACUGCUUCGUCAUCUGUGGGGUGCUGUACGCCGUGGACAGCUACAACCAGCGCAAUGCCAACAUCUCCUACGCCUUUGACACCCACACCAACACGCAGAUCAUCCCCAGGCUGCUGUUUGAGAAUGAGUAUUCCUACACCACCCAGAUAGACUACAACCCCAAGGACCGCCUGCUCUACGCCUGGGACAAUGGCCACCAGGUCACCUACCAUGUCAUCUUUGCCUACUGACACUACUGUUCCCAGAAGCAGAAGUGCAGACGGGCUACUGGCACCUUGUGUGUGUGUGUGUGUGUGCAUGGGUGUGUGUAUGUGGGUGUGUGUUGUUUAAAAAAUAUGUAUUAUUUUGUAUAAUAUUGCCAAUGUAAAAUGACAAUUUGGGUCUAUUUUUUUUAUACGGAUUGUAGAUCAAUCCAUACGUGUAUGUGCUGGUCUCAUCCUCCACGGUUUAUAUUUUUGUGCGAAUGAACUUCUCCUUUUGACCAGUAACCACCUUCCUUCAAACCCUCAACCCCCUCCAGCUCCCACAUCUCAAUCUGAGAAGGUUUCUUCAUCUGGGUCUUGCAGGCAGCUGGCACCAGAAGCAGGAGUGAAGGAGGCAAGAAAGAAGUGCUAAGGGGCGGGAAAAACUGUUUUAUGUAUUAGAGAAGUUUUUUCAAAAACCCAGAAAAAAAUGCUUUUUUUUUAA